CAGGCGUGAGCAUUUCCUUCGAUAGUGAUCAACGAACAGAGAAGUUGGUGAAAAUACAGUUUCUGUAUUAGGUGUUGUGGAUUCUCUAGAAAUGUGAUCUUACUCUACCAUCGAUGUGUUAAGCUCUUAAGAGAUUUCUAGAAUAAGUGAAGUUGGAAAACAGUCUGUGUGGAGUGUUGUGAGUAGUCACACAUUUAAAAACCUGCAGUUUUUGUCAGUGAUAAAAUCAGUCAGAAUGCAUAUGUUUAUACUGCCAUUGAGCCUUAUUUUCCUUCAAGAAGCUGCAUUCGGUCUCCAUGUGCAAGAAGGUUGUAUAUCAAAGCCAGCGAAGGUCGCGAUGCUCAGAGGAACUGAGAUUACAGCAACAGUGUGGAUUCCUCAGACCAACGAAGACGAAGUCCUUGUCUCACUCACGUGUGCCGAGGAUCAGAUCUACUUUGUACGCAGAAUAGAAAUCAAAAAGGGGCUCGUGAAUGUGAAGGAAAUGAGAGGCGGAAUCGACAGGUAUGACACUUUCGACAUUCCAGAAGGCGUCCUUCGUCUUGGAUGGAUGGAUUUCACCCUGGCUCUCAGUUCAAGUUUUCGAGUGAUGAUAGGAAACACGACUAUUGCGGACAUUGAGGAAGUGCUGACAAGCUCAGUCACAAUCCAAGGCAGCAAUGUGACUGUUGGCUGCAGUGAGCCACUAAUCGCGUGGGAGGUGGCUGAAGAGCGAGAAGCCGUCAUCCCGGUAGCUGGUUUGGUGCCACACAAAGUCUCGCUCUUCUCCAGGUCGGCAUCGCUUCCUGUGCUCGCACUUGGCCCCAACACACUUCGACUUAGCUGGGACCCGAUCACCCAGUCCAUCACUACACUUGCUUCGGAUCCGCGCCCCUUGCCGGCUUUCCUCUUGCACAACCUGACUGUGGAUUGCCACCCAUGGGGUGCUCUCACGAAGUGUGAUAUACUGCUAAACCUUCGCCAGGUGAACACUCUCCGUCUUAAUCUGGUACACACUAACCCUCCCUCUACCUUGAAGACCGGCCCUAACGCUAGUCUUGCUGGGUCCGCCCUGCUGCCAGAUGACUUCACCUCCUUUUCUUUUCGAGCUAACAAUAAGGAUAAUUUUGUGGUCAUUUUGCAAUACAGCAGACAAGAUGAAGUGGAGGAAAAAGUUUGCCCUGCGACGAAAGACCUCGUCACCAAUCCAGCCAACGCCGAGUCCCAUGGAUGGAAGGCGGCGGCGAUUGCGUGCGCGUCGUUCAACGUAGUUCUUCUGACAGCUGUCAUUGUUCUUACUGUGAUACUCAUCAAGAUAAAGAAUGCGUCAUUUGACAGUUCGCAUGCAAUAGCCAAAUCUUCAGCAUCACAGAAUAGAGCAGAUGAACAAAAUCGUAUGAAAUCACUGAAGCUUUUAGACAACCCUUAAUUAAGAAGAAGAGAGAAAAAUCCACGCAGGGCAGUGAUCAAUCUGAGGAGUGUGAAGCACUAUUUUUCAACGAGGUGAUUUUCUAAAUUCUCAUCUCUAAGCUUUUAUGGUUAUUUUUCUGUGUUUUCCCCACUGAGUACUACAGUUGUGGAAAGAUAUUUUGGUAAGGUAAUCCACCAAGUGGCAACAGCUAACUCGUAGUAAAGAUUAUUUAUGAAUGAAUUGUGUUGUGUGUGUCUGAUUGGUGGGAGGUCAUGGCUGAUUUCCCUGUUGAUUUUCCUAUCCUUCUAGUCUAGUAAAGGGGAAGGAAGUGAUAUCAAUAUCUAUAUGAUGUACAUGAACAGAUAAAAGUCGAAUUAUUGCAUGAAUAAUUGCUUUAUACAUACCAUCAAUAAAUAGCUGAUGAAUUAAUUAUAAAUAUCUAUACCGCCACUCCAUUUUUCAAGAACAUUUAAAAGUAAAAAAGCUGAUAUAUAAUUUUCGAUAUUAUAUAUUGAUAAUUUAAGAUUUGCCAGCUUUCCCUUUACUUCUUGGUGAAUGCCUCAAGUUCCUUUAUAAUCUUCUAUAAUAUAUAAUUUAUUAUUAUGCUGUAUGCGAGCUUUUUUACUACUUAUCUUACAUGCGGCCUCCCUCACCAUGCUGGAAGUGUGAAAAAUAGCCGUGGCAGUACUUUUAGUAUUACAGCGAUAUAUGUCCUUUUUUUAGUUACUAAACAAGCGUUUAUCGAGGGGACCGUCACUACCUUGGGUCACCUUGGGCUAUAUUGUACUUAUUGUUUUCUUGCAUGUUGCUGUUAAUCAUAAGACUCUUAACUAAGUCUUAAGAAAAGAUCAGUAUGAAAUAAAAAAUUAUGACAUUGUUUUAAGUCAUGAUAAAGAAAGUGAACAUUGGUUUAAAAUUCAUUUCACUGAAUAUGAGCUGCCAUCUACUAGUUCCUGCACAUUUAAUUAUAGCAAUUUAGUAGAAGCUUUUAUUUUUCCCAAAAAAAGGCAAAUGUAAGCCUUCGAUUGGGAAACUGUUUUGGGCAGACUUUUUUCAAAGAAUUUGUUACAUCAUUUCAUUUUGAACGCGUUGCUAUGAAUCACUCCUGCCGAAAAAUAAGAUAUUGGAGAAGGCAGAUUUUAAAGCAAUAUAUUCAUGCUGCUGUAUCUUUGAAAGAACAAUUUUGAGAUAAAAUAUACUUUUUUCAAUAUCAAAGUGUUC